UGGUUGUUCCGCUUCCCCUCCAGCCCCGGCCGUCGCCAUUGCCGAAGGCUCCCUGCCCUCCCCUCCCGGCGCCCGCGGGGCUCGGCUGCCGCUCGGCCUAGCGGUAGCAGCGGCUGCGCUCCAGCGCGGCUCCUCUUCCCGUCCCGCUUCCUCUUCCCUCCCGUCCCCGCCCCGCGCCGCGCUCUUGCCCGGGGCGGCUCCAGAGCCCGGCGGGAGCUCGGACGGAGGCGCCUCGCUGGGGCGGGGACCUUUCCUCGCCUGGGCCAUAUCAUAAUCCUGAAUCAUGUCUGAUAACGGAGAACUGGAAGACAAGCCUCCAGCACCUCCCGUGCGAAUGAGCAGUACCAUUUUUAGCACUGGAGGCAAAGAUCCUUUGUCAGCCAAUCACAGUUUGAAACCUUUGCCCUCUGUUCCAGAGGAAAAAAAGCCCAGGAAUAAAAUCAUCUCUAUAUUCUCAGGCACAGAGAAAGGAAGUAAGAAGAAAGAGAAGGAACGGCCAGAAAUUUCUCCUCCAUCUGAUUUUGAGCACACCAUCCAUGUUGGCUUUGAUGCUGUUACUGGAGAAUUCACUGGCAUGCCAGAACAGUGGGCUCGAUUAUUACAGACCUCUAAUAUCACCAAACUAGAGCAAAAGAAGAAUCCUCAGGCCGUGCUGGAUGUCUUGAAGUUCUAUGACUCCAACACAGUCAAGCAGAAGUACCUGAGCUUCACUCCUCCUGAGAAAGAUGGCUUCCCUUCUGGAACACCAGCACUGAAUACCAAGGGCUCAGAAACGUCAGCAGUAGUAACAGAGGAGGAGGAUGAUGACGAAGAGGCUGCUCCUCCUGUCAUUGCCCCGCGACCAGAUCAUACAAAAUCAAUUUAUACACGGUCUGUAAUUGACCCUAUUCCUGCACCAGCUGGUGAAUCUAAUGUUGAUGGUGGUGCCAAGUCUUCUGACAAACAGAAAAAGAAGACCAAAAUGACAGAUGAAGAAAUUAUGGAGAAAUUACGAACUAUUGUGAGCAUAGGUGACCCUAAGAAAAAAUAUACAAGAUACGAAAAAAUUGGGCAGGGGGCUUCUGGUACAGUUUUCACUGCUACUGAUGUGGCAUUGGGGCAGGAGGUUGCUAUCAAACAGAUUAAUUUACAGAAACAGCCAAAGAAGGAAUUGAUCAUUAAUGAGAUUCUGGUAAUGAAAGAACUAAAGAAUCCCAACAUAGUUAACUUCUUGGACAGUUACCUGAUGGGAGAUGAAUUGUUUGUGGUAAUGGAGUACCUUGCUGGGGGAUCACUUACUGAUGUUGUAACAGAAACCUGCAUGGAUGAGGCACAGAUUGCUGCUGUAUGCAGAGAGUGUUUACAGGCAUUGGAGUUUUUGCAUGCCAAUCAAGUGAUCCACAGAGACAUCAAAAGUGACAAUGUGCUUUUGGGGAUGGAAGGAUCGGUUAAACUUACUGACUUUGGUUUCUGUGCUCAGAUCACCCCUGAGCAGAGCAAGCGAAGUACCAUGGUUGGAACGCCGUACUGGAUGGCACCCGAAGUGGUCACACGGAAAGCUUAUGGCCCUAAAGUGGACAUAUGGUCUCUGGGUAUCAUGGCUAUUGAGAUGGUAGAAGGAGAGCCUCCAUACCUCAAUGAAAAUCCCUUGAGGGCCUUGUACCUGAUAGCAACUAAUGGAACCCCAGAACUUCAGAACCCAGAGAAACUUUCCCCAAUAUUUCGGGAUUUCUUAAAUCGAUGUUUGGAGAUGGAUGUGGAGAAGAGAGGUUCAGCCAAAGAAUUGUUACAGCAUCCCUUCCUGAAACUGGCCAAACCGUUAUCUAGCUUGACACCACUGAUCAUGGCAGCUAAAGAAGCAAUGAAGAGUAACCGUUAACGUCAUUGCCGUGGCCUCCUAUUUUUUCCAUUUUCUAAAAGAAGUCUUUUAAUAUAUGAAAAUUAUUACUCUUUUGGGGUUUAAAGAAAUGGUCUGCAUAACAUUGAGGAAAAAAGCAAGCUAUUACUUCCUGAAGACAACCAAGAGAAAAUUAUAAAAUGGAAUGACAAUUUUCUAUUGAAUCCCUUGUAUAGGGUCCAAAAGGAAUUGUGGACUGAAUCACUAGCCUGCCUUCUUUCAGCAGACAGCCCAUCAGGGCCACUUAUCCUGCCUGAGAUUUGCAUUUUAUUUUGCUGACUGCAUUGUAGUAGAUCCCCUUCAUUGUCCCUUUUGGAGUAUUUUCGAUACUUGAAUGGCAGAUUUGAGUUUUUCAGAGUAUUUGUUUCAUCUGCUAGUCUUCUUUUCUCUCUCCUUCAUAGCUUUCUUUUUCCUUGACUUGCUCUUUUUGAGUUGCUUUCAGAAAUUUUUCUUAUGCCUAAAUUCGAGGCAAAUGUGAUAGAAAUUAUGUAGAUCCUUAUAUUGGCAAAGGAGCUCAAUAUGGUUUAACUUUGUAUAGAAGUUAGGACCAACUGUUGUUGUACAUGUAAUAGUUCAGAAUUUGAACUCGAAGAAAAGGAAGAAAAGUAUGUGAUUUUUACCUUUUUUAACAAAUGUGAGAGAGUCAAUUUUAGAAAUUUCAUGGUAGUGAGAUGUUUGGCAUUUCUUAAUGUAUGAAGACAAGACUGAUGACCUAUAUUUAUAACUAAAUCAUUGAGACAGAAAAAGAAUCCCAUUGACUCUGCAUCCUUACAAUUUCAUUUUCCUUUCUGACUUUUUCCUCUUCAGAUUUGGCUUCAGGAACCGAAGUGAGUUGUCCUUGUUCCAACUUGGGCUGGUGUCGCUACUUUCCGCUUCCCCAUUGUUUUCCCUUCAUUUUGGAAAUAAGUUUCUGUAUAUGUUGUAAUUUUAGUUAGUUUGUUUUUUAAUUAACCCUCUUUCACCCUACUCCUCCCCCUCCGUGGUAAAUAAUAUAAUAACCAUUGAAUUUUCAGAAUUUAAAAGUUAACUUUUUUUUUCCAUUUAAAGGAGAGAAAUAUUUGGAGCUAGCAGAGACAGAGUGACAGACUUGAACCUUGGUGAGCUCUAAAAUAAUUAGAUGAGAUUGUAUUCAUGAAAGAGAAAUACCAAUUACAUAGAGAUGCAGCGUUUGACCAGUAAGCUGUAGAGAUUUGUUGUAAACAUUGUUCCCAACCCAUUACUAAUAUUUUACUGUCUAUGAAAACUUAAAUGACAAAGUACUUCUUGAUAAAUUCAUGGAUUGAUUAUUUGAGAUGUUGAGUUACUUUAGAUUUUUUUCAAAUAAGUGAAUAAUAUGUAAAAAAAAAAAACUGGAGAAAGGAAGAAAAGUGAAAUGUGCUUAUUGAUAGCAAUACUUUUUUUAUUUUAAAGAUUUAAAACAGGUCUGUGACCUGUAGCAUUAAUUAUUAGAGUCUCUCCCAUCCCCUUCUCUUCUUUCUCUCUUCUUCUCUCCUUAUUUUUUUAUUGUUUUGCCUUUGGAGGUGGUAUCGUCCUUUCUGACAUGCCCAGAGCCACAUAAAAGAGAAAAAUCUGUAGUUUGGUUCUGGCAUUUUGUUCCCACCGUUCGCUCCUAAUUAACUUCACAUCUACUCGCCAUCCUGCAAUAGUACAAAUCAUGAAUAAAAAUAAUUUUGAUGUUUUGGAGUGCAUUAGGGGAACUAAUAGAGUUUUAUUUCCUAUCAUUCCCAUCAUAUCUGUGUUAAGAUAUAGGUAUAAGGAUAGAAAUGGCUGUUUAUUGAUAAUGCAGGAAAGUUUUCACAAAAAUGAGUAAAAUAAUUAAUGAAACUUAUGUCUAGAGCACUUAAUGAUCUCUGUUUUCAAUUUGAUUCUUGAUUUCGUUUUUCUCUGGAUUAUAUUGGCCUUCUACAGCUAUUUCUAAAUUACAGAAACAAGCUUGUUUAUUUCUGGUGGAAAGCUACAGUGUCUCUUGAGUUCCAGAUUUGAAUGUUCUUUGUAAAUAGUUGUCUGGAUGGAUUAUGAUAAAGAAGAUGCUAUCAAUGAAAUAGAAAGCCAACUAGAUGAUAAGACUGUGAUCAUCAUAACCACUCUAGAAGGCACUUCCAUACAUAAGUCAUAAAGACCAUAUUCGCUGAAUACAGUGCCAAUGCCCCAUUUUUAUGUCUGUGACUCAACAAAGAUCUUUUCAGUUUAUAGAAGCAAUUUGAGAUUUGUAUUUACCACUUCUUUGAUGGUUACCUGCACGUCCAUUGCUGGCAACGGACUUUGUCAUUAAAACCUGACUCCUAGGUUAAGGGAGCUACACUGUGGUUUAUUCUUUACUUACUUGGAUAAACUAACUUGUAAUAGAAAUAUACUUUGGUUAAUUCUGCAAUGUGUCAUUUUUAAAUAAUCUUAAAAUAAUCUUAAAAGCAAUAUGGAAUUGUGAUUUAUUAGUUAAUUUUAAAUUAAAAUGUUCAGAUCUUGUUGAAAGAAAAAUUA